GACACAUGUUUUACUCCUAUUUAGGGGAUCUCAAAAUAGGAAAUACGAGAAGCAGUUUUUUUUUGCAAUUACUAGUGUUCAAAUUUUUUUAUUUGAUUUCUCCCAUCAUCUUCUUCCCAGUUCCCACUCAGAAUUCAGUUACCACCCACCGCCUUCACCUACCGAAACCCUAACAAACGAUCCUCUGUUCCCAUCAUAACCAUUUACCACUCCCUGUAAGAAAAUGUUGUCUUUGAAUCUCAACGACGACGAAGAAGAAGAAAUCACCUUAAACCAACUCUCGCAAGACCCACAACUAUCUCUCUCCUCCUCAGGAGAAACCUACCUGGUGGGCUUCAUCUUCGCGAACAUAGUUGGAAUCCAAUAUUACACCGGCAGAAUUAGUGGCAGAGAAAUGGUGGGUCUAGUCCGAGAACCCUUGAACCCUUACGACGAGAACGCCAUCAAAGUCCUGAACACUCGCGGCAAUCAAGUGGGUCACAUCGAGCGGGCAGUCGCCAAAACUUUAGCGCCAUUAUUGGACACUCAUGUAAUUCUUGUUGAGGGCAUUGUCCCAAAAACCCCCAACAAGAAUGCGAGGUUUAAAAUCCCUUGUCAAUUGCACAUCUUCUCGGCACUCCACUCCUUUCCCCAAGUGAGAUCGGCAAUCUUAGGAGGAGGGUUGGAGCUAAUGACACAAGAAAGUGCAGCGUUUGCUCUCUCUGAUGCGGCGGUGGUGAGGGAUAUGAAGAAUGCUAAGUGUAUUAAGACUGUGGAUGAGAUUUUUAGGCUUGUUGAUGAGAAUGAGGGGAGAAAGGGAGAGGGAAGUUCGGUGAAAUUGGAUCCACCGCGGGAGGUGAUUGUUACCGAGUUGUUUGAGCACCAGAAGGAAGGACUUGGAUGGUUGGUUCACAGGGAGAGUUCGGAAGAUUUGCCUCCUUUUUGGGAGGAAAAGGAUGGGUUGUUUGUUAAUGUUUUGACCAAUUAUCAGACUAGUGUUAGGCCUGAGCCCAUCAAAGGUGGGAUAUUUGCGGAUGAUAUGGGGUUAGGAAAGACCUUAACUUUGCUAUCACUAAUAGCUCACGACAAAGUUUGUAGUGGAAAUGGGGGUAGAGUGGAUGAUAAUGCUAGUGAGGAAAAGGGGGAAAUGGUUGAUGAUCCUUCGAGUAGUAAUAAAUCAAAUUCGAAAAGAGGAAGAAAGGCAAAGAGGGGGGCUACGACUACUGCUAAUAAUGCUAGGAAUAAGAAACAAAAGGUGGUUGAUGAUGAUGAUGUCAGCGUGUGUAGUGAGUCAAAAACGACAUUGGUUGUGUGUACGCCUUCUGUGUUUUCUGUGUGGGUGAGCCAGUUGUGUGAUCAUACUCAUACUGGUUCUUUGACUAUGUAUAUGUACUAUGGUGGGGAGAGAACUAAAGAUGUGGAUGAGCUUAAAAAGUAUGAUUUAGUGCUUACUUCAUAUAUUACUUUGUCAAAGGAAGACGAUCAAGUUUAUUCACCAAUUAAGAAGAUGAAAUGGAGGAGAAUUAUAUUAGAUGAGGGGCAUUUGAUAAAAAAUGCUGAUGCUAAGCAGAGUCGUGCUGUCACGGCAUUGAUUGGUAAGAGGAGAUGGGUUGUGACAGGCACUCCUGUGCAGAACAGCUCUUGUGAUCUGUUCUCUCUUGUGGCAUUUUUGAAGUUUGAUCCUUUCUCUAAUAAAAGUUAUUGGAAUAGACUUAUACAACGCCCUUUAGCUCAGGGUGAUCAUAAGGGGCUUCAGCGGCUCCAGGUCUUAAUGUCAACUGUCACAUUGAGAAGAAUGAAGGAUCAGAAUUUGAUUGGGUUGCCAUCUAAAUCUGUUCAGACUUGUUAUGUGGAACUUAUGCAAGAAGAACGUGAUCUUUAUGAGCGUAUGGAAGAAGAAGCGAAACAGGUUGUUAAGAACUAUAUUAAUAGAGGGAAUAUUACACACAACUAUUCCACUAUCCUCAGCAUAAUAUUGAGGCUUCGUCAAAUUUCUACUGAUGUUGCACUGUGUCCACAUGAUAUCAAAUCCUUGAUCUUCGCUGACAGUGUUCAAGAUGUAUCCAAUAAUCCCAAACUGCUCGAGAAGAUGAUGUCAUUGCUGCAAGAUGCAGAAGACUUUGACUGCCCAAUAUGUAUCUCUCCACCUACGGACGUGGUAAUUACAUGCUGUGCUCAUAUAUUCUGUCGUUCCUGUAUUACAAAGACUCUGAAGCGCACAAAAGAAAACUGCCCCAUGUGUCGCCAUCCCUUGUCCAUGUCUGAUCUCUACUCAGCACCCCCACCCACAGAGACCACGCCGGGUGUUUCCUCCCCCAAACUUUCUUCUAAAGUGUCUGUCCUACUGAAACUCCUAUCCGAGUCCAAGGAGAAAAAUGGAGCUGUCAAAUCCGUGGUUUUUUCACAAUUCCGCAAGAUGUUGUUGCUGCUUGAAGAACCACUGAAAAGCGCAGGUUUCAAUACCCUACGGUUAGAUGGGACGAUGAGCGCGAAAAAGAGAGCUCAAGUGAUAGAAGCAUUUAGUGAUUCCAAAUCAGAUUCGCCGACAGUUUUGCUCGCCAGCCUCAAGGCUUCUGGUACAGGCAUAAACCUUACGGCCGCGUCAGUGGUGUACCUAUUGGAGCCAUGGUGGAAUCCAGCGACUGAGGAGCAGGCUAUGGACCGGGUUCACAGAAUUGGCCAGAAAAGGGAUGUGAAGAUUGUGAGGGUUAUAGCCAAAGACACCAUUGAAGAGAGAGUGCUGGAGUUGCAGGAGAAAAAGAGGGAGCUGGCUAGGGGCGCUCUGGGAAGAAAGGGCUCUAAGGAUAAGAGGGAAGUUAAUGUUCAGGACCUGUGCCGCCUCAUCUCUCUGCCUGCUUGAUCUUAUUUCACAUGCUUUUCCUCUAUGAAUUUUUGUUUUUUGUGGGUAGGCCUUGUGCAGUUCUCCGUCCAUAGUAUCAGCUUUUGUGUUUUGGUCGAGGGUAGUUUUCAAGAAAAAUCCUUUGGAACAGGGGUUUCCCACAUAUGUUCGGUCCACUGUACACAAGAAUUACAUGUGGUCUUUUGCAAUUGGCAACCAUUCAAUAUGGGUGGAUGCACUAGGUCUCUUAAAAAAAGGCAUGCUACCCC